AUCAUCAUCAUGUCCACGGAGGACGGAAGGAGCGCGGCAAAGUUGACCAAAGACAGCGUCUCCUUGUUGCCUUGCUUCUAUUUCGUGGAGCUGCCCAUCCUGGCCUCGUCCGUGGUCAGCCUGUACUUCCUGGAGCUGACGGAUGUGUUCAAGCCCGUGCUGGCAGGGUACACCUGCCACGACCGGAGCCUGAGCCUGCCCUACGUCGAGCCCACCCACGAGGUGGUCCCCUUCCUGAUGUUGCUCAGUCUGGCCUUUGCAGGGCCCACAGCCACGAUAAUGAUUGGGGAGGGUAUUCUGUACUGCUGCCUGUCGCGGAGGAAGGACUGCGUUGGAGCCGAGUCAGACAUCAACGCUGCAGGAUGCAACUUCAACUCCUACAUCCGCAGAGCUGUCAGGUUUGUAGGUGUGCACGUGUUCGGCCUCUGUGCCACCGCCCUCAUCACGGAUAUCAUCCAGCUGUCCACUGGCUACCACGCGCCGUACUUCCUUACCGUGUGCAAGCCCAACUACACGACGCUCAACACCACCUGUGAGGAGAACUCCUUCAUCGUGGAGGACAUCUGCUCCGGGUCCGACCCGACCGUGAUCAACAGCGGCAGGAAAUCUUUUCCAUCCCAGCAUGCCACCAUGGCAUCCUUCGCUGCUGUCUACAUCUCCAUGUACUUCAACGCAACUCUGAAUGACUCUUCGAAGCUUUUAAAACCAGCACUGGUAUUCACUUUCAUCAUAUGUGCCAUUAUAUGUGGACUGACGCGUAUCAUUCAGUACAAGAACCACGCUGUCGACGUUUACCUCGGCUUCCUGAUUGGAGGUGGAAUAGCUAUCUAUCUGGGGCUGUACGCUGUCGGCAACUUCCAGUCAAGCGAAGAGCCCUCAAACCAGCAGAUAAAACUUCGAGACCCUCGACAGCCACUGACAGAUGUGCGUCAGGACCCCAGCCGCCACUUGCAAACAAAGAACGCCAGCAGUGAUGGCAUCUCCUCGCGUUCCGGGAGCAUCCUUAACCACAGCCGUCGAGAUGCCGCCUCCCUCACCAACCUAAAGAGGGCCAGUGCCGACGUGGAGGUCAUCACUCCAAGGAUUCCCAUGGGCAAGGAGAACAUGGUCACCUUCAGCAACACGUUGCCCAGAGUCCACAGUUCUGCUGUGGAGGAGGCCACACGCCGCAACGCCACCAUCCAUGCCUCUAUGGACACGACCCGUUCCAAGCAGCUGCUUUCACAAUGGAAGAGCAAGAACGAGAGCCACAAUUUGUCCCUGCAGGUGAUUGAAACAGAGGUCAGCCACUCUCCCCAGAGAGCCAUAGAAAUGAGGUCCAGUUCUGAGCCUGCUGGGGUGGGGAUCAACGGGGAUAACCACGCUUCUGCAAGUCAAUUCAUGAAACUGACCACCAGCAACAACCAUUUGCCCAGCAACAACCAUUUGCCCAGCAACAAUAGCGGAAUCACCGGCGGCACCAGGGUUUCCAUGCCGUCACGGCCCGACUCAACCAAACUGGUCCACAUCCCGGAGGAGACCCAGGAGAACAUCGGUAAUACAUCCCCUAAGAGCACCACCUGCCGCUCCAAGUGGCUCAAGGUGGCGGAGAAGAGUGGCAUGUGCAGGUCCAACAGCCAGCCACGGAUAAUGCAGGUCAUUGCCAUGUCCAAGCAACAGGGCCUUCUCCAGGGCAGCCCCAAGAGCUCAGAUGGCAGCUCGGUCAGCUGCACGGGGUCAAUCCGUUACAAGGCACUCACAGACCAGGACCCCGUCAGCAUCGUGAGGGUGGAGGCCCACCCAGAAGGUGAUUGUCCACCAUCUGCCAAUGGAAGUGGCUCCUGGAAAUGGAGCUCGCAGGAGAAGGUUGUCCUCCGGCAGCCAUUUGAGCUCAAUGACCUCAACAGAGACCCCGAAAGGCCCGAGUCCAGGGCAGACGGCUACGGCCCCAUCAACAGGGAGUCGAGUAAUGCGGACUGCAACAGCGGAAACCACUGUCACCACCACCCACAGGCAGUCACCACUAUCCGUGUGACACCGGUGGAGGGCGGUGAAGUUGCCUCCGAGACCUUGUCUGCUGCCUCUAGCCAGGACUCCACUCUCAGAAGGAAGGGGAACAUCAUCCUCAUCCCCGAACGAGGCAGCAGUCCAGACAACACUAGGAAUAUCUUUUACAAGGGGACUUCACAGAGUCAGGCAUUUGGUCAGUGACCCCAUCCCACACAUCUUGACAAAAGGGAGUUCACAAAGUCAAACAUUCAGUGACUGAUUCAGAACAUCUCACGCAAAGAGACUUCACAGAAUCAGGCUUGUAGGGAACCCUUCCUGAACAUCUUUUACAAAGGGGUUUCGCUGAGUCAGAUGUUCAGUAAUCCCUUCCUGAACAUCUCUCGCUCACUGACAAAUUCCUGAACAUUUUUUCCUAAAAGACUUGACCAGCUACAGUGUUCAGUCAAUAACUCGUUCUUGCAUUCAUGGCCUUUGUCACUGGUGUUCAGCAAACACAAGAAAAUUACAGAGGCUUGCAGAUUUAGCUAUUUUCACAGCCAGUCUGAGUAUUCUGAUAAGUCAAUGUAUUUCAUAACAAAGAACACUUCUUUUUCCAAAGUAUAAGACACUAACCUGUGCAUGGUGGUUGCUUUUCGUAUAUCUAUUCACACUCAAAAGCACAAACUAGGAUGUGUUGUGGGGCUGUCCGAAACGUUUUUUUGCACAGUAAAGAUAUUUCGUUAAUGUAGGAUGCACGCACCUCUGACAGUAUUUAAAUCGUGCCAGAAUUUUAAGAAGUAGACACAUUUAGUCUGUUCAACAAUUUGCCUUUUUCAAACUUCACUGCUUUUCCUCAUUAUUACUCUUGAUAUAAUGUGACUUUUGCACUUAUCAUAGCUGUCUAUAGGAACUUUCAAGAAGACUUUCAUAAAUUGACUACAAAAGCAAAAUCCUCUAUUUUCACUAUGUAAAUAUGUAUGAACCUAAUGUCAAAAUACUUCCACCUUAUUCACCUUGCUCACUGCUAGAAAAAAUAUUUAAAUCUACGUAAAGUCUUUUGGAUUAAAGUUUGUUGACAUAGAUUGGCUGUUACAAGACAUAAAUAAAUCGAUUGUUUUGUAUUAGAGGCACAAACCACUUUCUCAUCGCUAGAGGAGCUAGAAGCAGAGAAAAUUAAAAGCUGAUUAUAGUGUGUUUUUUCAUGAGGAAUGUGUUGCAGCGAAUUUACCUUUCCACAGGCAGCACUGAUUCCCACAUGAAACAACUUGGCUUUACUUUUUAAGAUAUACUUUAAAUGUGCCGUGCUGAAAAUGGUUCACAUUGUGCUAAAAUGGAAACAUUUUAUUCAAACUGAAAAACUGAAAUAUAAUUUUUAUGUUGUAGAAACCACAGUCUCAAAGAGAUUAUUAGGUCCUUGUAAGAGAUGAGACAGGAGACAGGAGAUGCAGUUGCCCAUUGCAGUGGGCUUUCAUUUGCCCUUAGACAGGGGAGAAGGAAGGAGACGGGGGACCAGGG